UUCAUGCCCCAUAGUUCUGCUAUUCCGCGAUCCCAUUUGUUGCUCCGAUCCGAUCCGAUCCGACCCAUCAACCACAUUGCAAAAUGCAAAACGUAUGCUCAUUUGAUUGGCUUACUAAUUUGACCGGCAAAAAAACGCCAUUGAUGUGCACAUUAAUGGAAGAUCUUCACCUCAAUCAAUGUAUAAUUAGACGUUGAAUGUUUGUUCAACAAGUUUCGUAACUCUCAAAAUUUGGUUUUCAAAUUAUACAUAGUUUGGUGGAUUGAUUUGGUUGAUUAAUUACGCAGUUUUGCUUCGAUUUUGAGUUCUGUUUUUGCAAUGGAAAGUAACGUAUCAGGACGACUCGUCGGUUGGGAAGUUCAUGGCUUCCGCACUAUGCAAGAUUUGGAUAUUCCCAACAUAAUGGAGGAAUCGAAGAUGAGGUGGCUCCGACCAAAUGAGAUUCAUGCAAUACUUUGCAAUCACAAGUAUUUCAACAUCAAUGUCAAGCCUGUUAACUUACCUAAAAGUGGCACAAUUGUGUUGUUUGAUCGUAAGAUGCUCAGGAAUUUCCGGAGAGAUGGACAUAACUGGAAGAAGAAGAAGGAUGGGAAAACUGUAAAAGAAGCUCAUGAACACUUAAAAGUUGGUAAUGAAGAACGAAUACAUGUAUACUAUGCACAUGGAGAAGAUAACACAACCUUUGUUCGGAGAUGCUACUGGCUGCUUGACAAGACUCUCGAACACAUAGUCCUUGUCCAUUAUCGUGAAACUCAAGAGGUUUCCUCCAACAACAUAGUUGCACAGGGUUCUCCAGCUGCCCCAGUUAGUUCUGGUUCGGCAUUGUCUGAUCCUGCUGAUCUGUCUGCUUCUUGGGUUUUAUCAGCAGAACUUGAUUCAGCAGUUGAUCAGCAAUAUUCCGCUAGACGACAUGCACAUUUAGAACCUAACAGGGAUAUGACCGUCCAAAAUCAUGAACAGAGACUACUCGAGAUAAACACACUUGAAUGGGAUGAGCUGUUGGCACCUGGUGGUCAUCCUAACAAGAUAAUUGCUACUCAACAAGGAGGCAAAACUGCUAAUGUGCAGCACACGUUGUAUGAACAACACAAUCUAUGUGAAUUAAAUGGUUACAGCCUCAAUGGUGUCUCCUCCUCUCUUGAGAGAAUGUCUACAGUUAACAAUUCAAAUGAGAUCACCUUCCAGACGGUGGAUGGUCAAAUGACUUCAAGUUUUGAGAAGAAUGAGUCUGGAGUAAUGACAGUAAGCACAGACGAUUCCUUUGAUAGUCUGAACAAGGAUAGACUUCAAAUUCAGGAUAGCUUUGGAAGGUGGAUGAACUACCUUAUCACUGAUUCUCCAGGAUCCACAGAUGAUCCAACUCCCGAAUCUUCAGUGUCAACUGGUCAAUCAUAUGCAAGGGAGCAGAUAUUCAACAUAACAGAAAUUUCGCCUGCGUGGGCUUUUUCAACUGAAGAAACAAAGAUCUUUAUCAUUGGGCAUUUUCAUGGAGAACAAUCACAUCUGGAAAGUUCUAGCUUGCAUUGUGUUUGUGGAGAUUUUUGUUUUCCUGCAGAAGUUCUCCAACCUGGGGUAUAUCGUUGCAUAGUUUCUCCUCAAACCCCUGGACUGGUAAACAUAUAUUUAAGUUUCGAUGGUAAUAAACCUAUUAGUCAAGUCAUGAGCUUUGAGUUUCGAGCUCCUUCGGUACAUGUUUGGACAGAACCCUUGGAGAAUAAAUGUGAUUGGGAUGAAUUUAGAAUUCAGAUGAGACUUGCUCAGCUGCUGUUCUCUACAUCUAAGAGCCUUAAUAUUUUAUCCAGCAAAAUACCUCAAGAUUUGCUGAAAGAUGCAAAAAUAUUUGCUGGAAGAUGUUCUCACAUUAUUGAUGAUUGGGCCUGUCUGAUCAAAUCAAUUGAAGACAAGAAGUUCUCUGUCCCACAUGCAAAAGAUUGCUUGUUUGAGCUCUCUUUGAAAACCAGAUUACAGGAAUGGCUGUUGGAAAGAAUUGUUGAAGGAUGUAAAAUUUCAGAACAUGACGAGCAAGGUCAAGGAGUUAUCCAUUUGUGUGCUAUCCUAGGUUACACUUGGGCUGUAUAUCCAUUUUCCUGGUCCGGUUUGUCAUUGGAUUAUCGAGACAAAUAUGGAUGGACAGCUCUCCAUUGGGCUGCAUCUUAUGGAAGGGAAAAAAUGGUUGCAACUCUUUUAUCUGCUGGAGCAAAACCAAAUUUGGUCACAGAUUCCACUUCAGAAAACCUUGGUGGAUGUACUGCUUCUGACCUUGCAUCAAAAAAUGGUCAUGAGGGUUUGGGGGCUUAUCUUGCUGAGAAGGCUUUAGUUGCACAAUUUAAGGAUAUGACAUUAGCUGGAAAUAUCAGUGGUUCACUCCGGACGACUACGGAAUCAAUAAACCCUGGGAACUUCACAGAGGAAGAGCUAAAUUUGAAAGAUAGUUUAGCAGCUUAUCGUACUGCUGCAGACGCAGCUGCACGUAUCCAGUCUGCAUUCAGGGAGCGUGCACUGAAAGUGCGGACAAAAGCAGUAGAGUCUUCAAAUCCAGAGAUGGACGCACGUAGUAUAAUUGCGGCUAUGAAGAUUCAGCAUGCUUUCCGCAACUAUGAGAUGCAGAAACAGCUGGCAGCUGCUGCACAAAUCCAGUAUAGAUUCCGAACUUGGAAGAUGAGGAAAGAUUUUCUUCACAUGCGCCGUCAGGCCAUCAAAAUUCAAGCUGUGUUCCGUGGUUUCCAAGUCCGAAGGCAGUACCGGAAGAUAAUUUGGUCUGUAGGAGUGCUUGAAAAGGCAUUAUUUCGGUGGCGUUUGAAGAGGAAAGGUUUCCGUGGGCUUAAACUCCAGUCUAGUCAAGUAGUUAAUCACAAACCAGAUGAUGUGGAGGAGGAUUUCUUCCAAGCCAGCAGGAAACAAGCUGAAGAACGUAUUGAAAGAUCUGUUGUGCGAGUUCAGGCCAUGUUCCGUUCUAAGCAAGCACAAGAACAAUAUAGGAGGAUGAAGUUGGAACAUAAUAAAGCAACGCUGGAAUACGAAGGGACUCUCAAUCCUGACACUGAGAUGGACUAAGAGGACAAGUUACAAGCAUUUCAUAUAUUUGGCUGCUUUAGCACUGCUGAUGGAAAACAGGAUUUGGUGCUGCAAGCCAGUGUGUACAUCAGCAGAUCUUGUAAAAUUGUAGAUGCAGGUAGUCUGCUUGCAUUUACCCUCCAAACAUUUUUUGGGUAACGUGAGGGUGGGACGAUAAUGAUACCAGAGUUGGGAAGCUGUUUCUCAAAAAGCAAACAGGCCCUUCUACGGAACGAUUGACUAGAUACACUGGCAUUUUGAUGACAACUCGAAUUAGACAUGGUAAGUUUCUUUGAUAGCAAGUUGUGAUGGAGAAUGUGAUAGACAUGAAGGGAGGCUUUGUCUUUCAUCGUUCAUCGCCGGAGCAUGAAUCUUUAUAUUUAAGAGAAGCUAACUGAUCUAUGAAAAUCAGAGAGAAAUCAGAUCCACCAAGACAUGAAAUAUUGAAACUAAGCUGUAUCUUUUGUCAAAUUUAGUGAGUUUAUUAGACCAUCUCUGGCAAAAAAAGCCAAGGGGUAUUCUCUUGAUUGUGAAAUGUUCUUUUCCUUGAUCCUUCACAAAAAUGUGAAGUUGACUAUGAAAAUUGCCAAGAGAUUAUCUUUUUUCUGUUUUUACUUUCUACUAUGUAGAGCGUCUAAGCGCUUUUUAGGCCAAUUCAAUUCUCUUAUCGAUCUGUGCAAUGCACUAGGUUCAUGUGCUUUAGGACCCACAGUAACAACAACGAAUGUGUAUCGUCUCAACAAGAACACCUUAAUAUGUUGAAGGAAACAAGUAUUUUUUUUGUCAAAAACAAUUAU